AGUCAUGUCAGUAUCAGUAUCUGCCAGCGGGCACCUUGUACAAAUAAAAUUUCGUCUAAAUAUGCUUCCAUAAAUUGUUGUUGUGGUAACGAUGCCAAAAUGGCCGAAUUGUUCAAGUUCGGAAAAUUUUAAAAAAUAGCUAGAUAUCAAUGUAAAUAAAGAUGAAAAACACUUGGACAAUAGGACAUUGAAAAAUCAGUAUACUACUACUUUACUGGUCACAUCAGCCACAGCAAAACAUAAAGCAAAAUGGCAGAGACAAAGUCUAUGAGAGUGGUGCCUAGUGGCAAAAUCUAUAGACAAAUGUUUGAUGCACAGGUUCAACUGAAUCGCAGUCUGACAAAAAUUCAGAGAGACUCUACAAGUAUAACAAGAACAACGGCUGGAGGAAGUGCAAUUCCACUUGUACGUUUGUCAAAAGAUGAUAUUGAACAUGGUAUUUUGGGCGAGAGACAGCGCACCUGGGCUGAUGGGUUCCCAAACGAUCCCUACACUGAAAACCCUGUCGUGUACAAGCAGUAUGCUGAGUAUGUUGGUACCCAAAUGAAGGAACCAGAAAGUUCUAUAGAAGGUAAAGAAGUGAGAGGACUGCCAGAUGUUGUAGCUACUGCCAAAGAGAAAUCAAAUAUCAUAGAGCGUAUUGCAGCCAGCAGGAAGGAGAGGCAUGAGUCAACAGUUGAAGAAAUGCAUCAGGAACUUAGUGUUAUAAAUUCUGAGAUGGAACCAGUAAUAGCAGAGAUGUGUCAGAACUUGCUACAGAAACUUGAUGAUGAUGAUACAGAAAUUGCCUCCAAGCUGGCCAGGAUUGAGAAGGAUGAUGACUUACUAAGUUAUUCCCUGGACGAGCUUUAUUUGCUAUGGGACAACAUUCAGGCCCAUUCUGAAGUGAGGCAGACAUGGAUAACAGAGCUGGAUGACAGUCUGAAAAAAGCCGAGGAUGAUAGAAUGGAAAUGAUUCGGCGAGUUUUUAAAGACUAUGCCAAAAUGCUGGAGAAAAUAGCACAUAUCUUAUCACCAGAUCUUCAAAGGUUCAUGGACAAGGAAUCCCAGUUGAUCAACCAGACAGUACUGAGUAAUCGUCGGGCAUACGGGGACCUGUUUGUACGUCUGAUGUCUACAGAUAUUGAGAGGGAGAAAUCCCAGCAUACAGUGUGGAAGAGACGUGUUGAUGACUGGAAAACAUUGAAAACAGAGCUGGCAAUACAGAAAUUUAGAAAAUACAUGCAAGAUGAGAAAGUGACGUCGCCACCUGGAAUACAGAAACAGCUUCAGUAUAUGCUGAAAGAACAAGAAGUGCUGAAUGAGAAAAGACUAGAGCUUAUCAACCAAUUAAGAGACUUAGUUCCACCUUCAUCAACAAAGACAUCUGUGUAUCAUUGGAACAAAGGAGUACAGGAUGUUUCUUCAGAAAUAGAUGUAACAAAUCAGCAGCACCUGUCAGCACUUCACAAAGAAUAUGAAAAUGUUUGUCAGAGCUGCCUAGAUGAAAUAGAGGCUAUUAAGAGAGAGCUUGUGGAGACAGGUGUAUGUACAGAGAGUAGAGCCAAAACUGUAGUUGAGGAGUUUAUGAUACCACUGGUCGGUGGCCGUCAGAGAAUUUAUGAAGAAAAUCUAGAAACCAUGGAGAAAUCUCUUGAGGAGCAAAAUAAACAGACAACAGAGCAACUGAAGUCUUUGUUCAAGUUUGCCCAGGGGGCAGCACAUGUGUGGGAUGUACAUGAAAUAGGUUUGGCUCGCCAAGAGAGGGCGCUGCAGGAAAAACUAGAACAGUGCCGACAGACCCAUGACAACCAGAAUCAGGAUAAAGAAGCUCACCUGGACAUUAUCAUGGAUAGAAUGAGACAGGACGCCACAGAGAAAGCUUUGAAAGAUAGCUUGACCAGAGCAUUAGAAAUGCUUGAAAAAAUCAGACAUGCGUAUGAGAUAUUCCACAAAGAUCAGACAAACAUUGUGAAAGGAUAUCCAGAUAUGGUAAAAUCUGAACUGAAGAACUAUGAUGAGGCUUUACUGAGGUUGUUCAGUGUGGGCAGAAAUAAACCAGGAAAUAAACCAUCGGAAUCAGAUGUUGAGGAGGAAUCUGCUGAGGAACGUACUCCGGUUCAACCGGAAUCUUCCAUUGAAGAAGAAGGGCCUGAUGGGAAGGCAAAGAAGAAAACAAUGGCGAUGAAACUAAAACCGGCGACUGACGUUCCAUCAGCUAUCAGUGAGGUGUUACAGACCAGUAAAGGUACGACAUUCUAUGUGCUGACUGUAGCCGGAGAACAUGGUAUACCUCCGGAAAAAUCUCCAGCUAAACAGACAGAAAAGCCAGAUGAUGAGGGAACCAGCGCCUUCCUGACAGAGGUCUCAAAUGUAUCUGGUGAGCCGGACAACAGACCAGAAUACAUCAAAAAUAUUGAUCUUCCAGAGUCUAUCCUUAUUGAUGUUAGAAAGAUAAUACGUAUGAAUUUCCUGAAUCACCUGGAGGACUGGACAGAACAAGCAUCUGAAAGAGCUAGCAGUGUUGUUGUUGCCAAGUGUGAGGAGUUAAACAGUGAACUUGACCUGCGACUUCAUCUACAUAAACCACGAUCCCGUAGAGCGGAAUAUGACGUUCACAACGUGAGAGCAGCUGAACUGGUGAUGCAUUCUGAGAGAGUCACUCGUCACUGUAAGGGUAUACAACAGGCCUUGACUGAAGUGCGUAACAGGUUCACUAACAUGACCAAUGAACACAAUAAUCUUGCAGCCAAAUUUAGACAGGACAUAGAGGCACUGGAAGUGGUCUUUAUUAAUGCAACAAAAGCUGCAAAGCUUUACAGUUUGAAAAAUCAGUUGAAUGUAGAGUUGGACAAGUUUAUGUCUGUGAUCCGAGCCUCACUGAGACAGUUCAGACAACAUUUAGAUGAGACACUACAGAUGCUGAGAGAAUCUAAUGCUAGAUUUAUUAAAUCCUUCAAAGUCUUCAGUGAUGGAGGUAAUUUUUGUCCAGAGGAGAUUGAAGAGUAUCGUAAGAGACUGGAUAAAAUGGCGGGAAAUAUUGACAAGUCUGAGGGUGCUGUAAUGUCUGAUCUAGAGGACAUGGAAUCUAAGAGAUUGGAACAAGCUACUAAAGUUGCUAUGGAGUUUGAAGACAGAUUCAAGAGUCAUAUGUUUGACUUGAUAUUCAUGGAGAAGAUUGCCCGCUGGUUGACCAACACCCAAGUGAAGAUCAAAGCUGAGGUUGCCAAUAGUAACAGUCAGGCUCAAAAGCUUUCACAGCAUCUGAAUGACAUAGAGCGAAGAAUAGACGCUUGUGAACGGCCAAAUCUUGAUAAAGAGCAAAUUACUGCUGAACAGCUGAAUGCAAGUUUGAAGGGUAUUUUCGAAUCAUUUCAAACUAGAAGUGAAUACUUAAACUGCCUGAAAGAUCCAUCAAUGAGGCCACCUUCAGGAGCUAUGCAAGGUGCACCAGCUGUAGGUGUAAGAGUGGGUUUCGUUCAGGAUGUAGGACCAACACCAAUAAGUAAAGCCGGGAAACAACCCUCUGAAGACCCUUCUGUAGGGGUGAUUAAGGGAAUCAUGAAAUCCAACAAGAGCAAGCUGAGGUUUGGACUGGAUGCUGAUCUAGAUGGUGAAUUUACUCAAUCUAAUGAACUGAGAGAAAAGGUGAAGUCUUCAAUGUCUACCAACACAUCUUCUGAUCGUGGUAAAGCUGUACAGAGUCGGCAUGGUCAGUCACCGGCAUCUGGCGUAGAAAGUAAUUCUAGAAAGGUCCAGUCGGCUGUUGCUUCAAGCUCUUCCAGAAAUGAUUGGAACCGUAGAUCAAGCAGUAAGCCGAGUAAGUACGAGAAGAAGACGGUUAUAUUUGGAGACGGCAUGGAAGAGGAAGAUAUCGCCAAUCAUUUCCUUGGUAUUAUCAGGAAAAGUCUGAAAGAAGCAUUGGAGGGGUUAUUGGCUGCUGCUGAGCUUUACUACAGACAGAAAGGUAGUCGUACGGUGACAAGGCCCCAAGCUUUACAGGAGACAUUUGAACAGUGCUCGGAUGUGGUUGUACAAAAACUUCAGUCCUACUAUCAACAAUCAGACGAAUAUCAUAACCAAUGUCUGCAAGAGUUGAGACAUCAGUUAACACAGCUAGAGAAGUUAGUGGCACAUAUACCUCAGCUUGUAGUCUCUGAUUUCCUCAAGGAACAUAUUGAUCUAUCUAAAUCUGCUAGAACUGGCUUCGAGGCUCAUUUUAAACAGAUACAAGAAAAUCUUGAACAAAAACAAAAGGAGCAUCAGCACUUACUGCGCCCAGCAUUAGGACAUCCUCACCAGAAAGACAAACUAGAGUCACUAUGUCAAUCAGAGCUGAACAGACAUCAGGAGUAUCUUGAUGCUGUAGAAAAUCAUACCAAAAAUCUACAGGAUAAUGCUGUUGAUAAUGCAAGAAAGUUCUUGGAUGCUCUAGCCCGGAUGUCAGAGAAUCAACUGCUUCAAUUUGAUAAUGAACUUGUUGUUGACGACGUAGAAAAAGGACGUAUCGAUGCAACCAAAUACCCAACAACUGAGCUGAUACGUAGAAAGAAUGCUGGAGAACCGCUCGAGGACAGCGAAGAUAAAGAUGCUCUUCCUCGUGGCAAAAACACCUGGACAG